AUGAUUAACCAAUCCAGUGCUUCAGAGUUUGUCUUGCUGGGCCUGUUUACGGACCCAGGGCAGCAGCCGCUCCUCUCCUUCAUCUUCCUGGUUCUGUAUCUGGUCACCGUCGGUGGGAAUCUUCUUAUCAUCCUGGCCAUCGGUGCCGACUCACAUCUCCACUCCCCUAUGUACUUUUUCCUCACCCACCUCUCUCUUGUCGAUGUCUGCUGCUCCUCCACCAUCGUCCCCAAGAUGUUGGCCGACAUGCAGACUGGCAGCCACACCAUCUCCUACAUUGGCUAUCUGGAUGACUUCCUCCUGGCUGUGGUAGCAUUUGAUGGCUUCAUGGCCAUCUGUCGGUCCCUGUGCUCUGCCACGGCCGUGAACCCAUGGCGCUGUAUCCUGCCGGUGGCCACCUGCUGGGUCAUCUCUCAGCUCAAUUCCCUGUUACACACAAUCCUGUUGGCUCAGCUAACCUGCUGUGAUGACCUCACCAUCCCCCACUUCUCCUGUGACCUGGCCCUGCCUCGGUCCUUUUCUGAUACCUCCUUCAAUGAGCUGGUGCUAUUGUCCGCGGUUAUCAGCGAGUACAUGGGCCCCUCACCUCCUGGCUCCUCUGAUGAAAACAGCCUAGCCACAGUGCGGUAUAUGGUCAUAACCCUCUUGUUGAACGCCUUCAUCCAUAGCCAGUGCAACCAUGACCUGCACCGAGCCUUGGGUCUCACCAGCCAGUUCCUGACCUUUGCCGGGACCUCGGGUCCUUCAGAAGGGAAGUUGGGGGGCAGUGAGUAUGGCUUCCCUUGA